AUGGAAGACAGGGCUUUUCAGAUGAGGAUCCGUGUGGGUGGCAUCACCAAGGCCUACGAGCCCCCUUGUGUGGAGGAUGAGGACGACGCCGUGGACUGCGAGGGCCUGCUGCAAGUUUGCCAGGACCCGGACUGCAACUCAAGAAACGUUCCCGGAGACUCCGUUUCCCCUGCGGUCUGGGGCUUGGUUUGGGCAACCGGCAACCGGAGGCUUGUCCACGUGGAGGGGAAGAAGAUCGAGCGCCUGGGCGAGCGCCGCAAGGGGGACGCCAUCCAUCGACUUUGCUGGGCCGGGCCUGCGGACAAUCCCGAGUCCGCCGUGGCCAUCGCCUACGCCUCAGGGGCGCUGGAGCUUCGGAGCCACCAAGGCCAGCUCCUGAGCAGCGCCACCGGCAGCGAAGCUGUGAGGUGCCUGCAGGCCUGCUCCUCUGGAGUCCUGGCCAUCUCCUCGGACGGGACCGCGAGCAUCGUCCCCGAGUGGGGGAAGCCCGAGGCCUUCAGCAUCGCAGGCUUCGCAGGAGGCGCAGAAGCUGAAGUCCAGCAGUUUCCACUGCAGGGCCCGAUCGCCAGCGCCUCAGUAGAUCCGGUGAGGCCAUCUCGGUUUGCUUUCGGCGGCCUCGAGAAUGAUGUGAAGAUCUUCGACCUGGAGCACAAGGAGGUCACCUGGACGGCACGAAACGUGCGAGAGGAUUCCCUGUGCCUGCGUGUUCCGGUGAAGGUCAGCACGUUGGGAUGGGCCACCACGAUGUAUCCCGCUCGCUCCUUGAUCACGUGCGGAACCUCUGACGGUAAGAUCCGCGUCUACGACGCGAACACUCAGAGGAGGCCCCUCUUCGAGCUCCGAGUGGGCUACAAGGUGGGCGCAGGCGCCGGGGGUUGGACCGGGGUGGAAGAUGACGCCAAAAGGCCACUCCUCUGCAGCCGGGUGGCGCAUGUCCGUGGUGACGGCUGGGGCCUUUUUGUCGGGGACACCUUGGGGGUUCUUCGCGAGUACGACCUGCGGAACCUCCCCAAGAGCCCAGCUGCUUCGAUCCCCCCGGGCCGCAAGGCUCACCUGAACCUGGCCAUCAAGCAGCUUCCCUUCAAACGCGGCUACAGGGGCAUCAUGGGUGCCAUCCGGGACAUCGACGUUCACUGCAGCGGAAAGGCUUUGGCUGCUGUCGGCUUGGGGCGCUUCGCCUACGUCUUCCCAACCGUUGGCCGCGAGAUGAUUUGCAAGGUGUAUCUCAAGCAGAAACUGAACUGCGUCCUCAUGUCGCGAGAAGAGAUGGAGAAGCCCAAGAAGCCCCAGGAUCAGGAGGAGGGUGAGGAGGAGGAGAAGCUGGAGGAAGAUGACGAGGUGGACCUAGGCGAAGCCCAGGGCCCAGCCCAGACUUCCGCCGCGGACGAAGUCGAGGAGGGCUUCUCCGAUGAUGAGGCCGAAGCCGAGGUUGCAGCUGAAGAGAACGACGCAAGAAAGCCUGCAAGAAAGAGGCGAAGACCUGCGCCAGCAUCGAGGAGGAAGGCGAGGAGGCUGAAGGGAUCCUGA